AUUCGGACAUUAAGAAAACGUGUUUGGGGCAGAUAUGUAGGGCCAUGAGUAAAUCGAAAGAUGCAAGUGCUGCCAGAUCAGUACUUGAGUACCUGAAUAGACAGAACAGGCCGUACAGUGCUGUGGACAUCUUCAAUAAUCUACACAAGGAGUAUGGCAAGACGGCAGUAGUGAAGGCAUGUGAAAGUUUAACAGAGGGAGGUAAAAUCAAAGAGAAAGUUUAUGGAAAGCAGAAGGUGUAUGUCGCAGAUCAGGGCCAAUUCCCUGAUGUGGAUGAUAAUGAAAUUCGAGACAUGGACACGAGAAUUGGUGAAUUGUCCACACAGAACCAGGAAAUGGACGUCCAAGUAAAACGACUGGAUGCAGAACUCAGAGGACUAAACAGCUCUGUAUCCACAGAAGAGGCAGUUCUACAACUGAAACGGUUAACUGACGAGUGUGAAGCCUGUAAAGGGAAGCUGAAGACUUUAAAAGAGGGUGGGAAAACUGUGUCACCAGAAGAGAAAGAUAGGAUUUACACAGCAAGAACAAAGUACGUCAAAGAAUGGAGGAAAAGAAAAAGAAUUAGUAAUGAUAUUCUAGGGGCAAUAUUAGAAGGCUAUCCAAAGACAAAGAAACAGCUAUAUGAGGAGGUUGGGCUAGAGACAGAUGAAGACUAUGGCACAUCACCCCCAGACAUCUGAGGUUUAAAGGAAGUCCAAACAGGAGGUCAUCUGUUAAGAUGCUGUGAACUCUACUAUGACCGUAUGUGACCGCGCAGUCAUGUAUGUUCACAGUUAAUAUCCUUUGUUGCAGUGAACAGAACCAUGUACGCUUCUAUAGAUAAAAAAGUGAAAAUUCUUUGAAAGAUGAAUAAUGAGAACUACAAUAAGGGAGCACCUGUUUUUCACAGACUGUAUUCAGGAAGACAGUGCAUUAAUGAAAUAUGUGUUCAUGUUUUUUUUUUUAUUAUAUUUUUUAUACUUUUUUGUUUUGUUGCAUCAAUGAAAUAAAACAUGUUUUUUUA